AUGUGGUGGAAGGAUCAGCGAGAUCCAGAUUCAAAUUCUAGUCCUGGGAUUCCAGCGCCACCGCCAUGUUUCCCUGGGGCCAGUGAGAAAGCCCUGAAGCACCUGGCAGAGCAGCUCGAGCUGGAGGCGGGGGUGAAGGUCAAGGUCUCGGCAGCUGCAGAGCGGCAGCAGCACAGCAUGCAGAAUGCCUGCAUGAGUGGCUUGCUGGUCUGCAUGCCAGGGGGUAGCAGUCCCUUCUGCGACCCCAGAUCUUGGGCCUUGCUCUGA